CCACUGCAGCCGAGAUGAAGAUAAAGGAAAUGUUCAGCUUGGCGCGGGUGCUCUCCACCCUCUUGCUCGGCCUGGUCUAUGUGACCUAUGUGCUGGUCGGCGGGGUGGUUUUCUGGAAGUUGGAGGGUGAUCUCGGUCAGAAGGACAUCGGAAACUUGCUGCUGAGCAAGAACAGGCUGUUUGAGAGGUACACCUGUUUGAACCAAGAGGGCCUGGAGGAGGUGGCUAAGGUUGUUCAAGACGCAUCCAAAGCAGGCCUUAGUUUGAAAAGAAACUCCACGUCGGACGGCUUCUGGAAAUUCACCAGCUCAGCUGUCUUCGCUGCCACGGUGGUCACAACUAUAGGUUACGGGAACAUGAGUCCCAGCACCACUGCUGGCCAGAUCUUCUGUGUGUUCUUCGCGCUGUUUGGCAUUCCUCUCAACCUAGUCGUGCUCAACAGGGUGGGCAAGUACAUGCUCGCCAUCGAGAGGAGCUUCUCCAACUUCCUCGAGGGGAAGACCAAGCGGAGGACGUGUACCCGCUUUUUCGUCCACCUGGUGUCUUACCUGUCUGGAGUGUUGCUCUUCUUUGUCAUGCCAAUGAUGGUGUUCCAACUGCAAGAGAGCUGGACCUUCUCCCAGGCCAUCUACUACUGCUUCAUCACCCUCAGCACCAUCGGCUUUGGAGACUUUGUGGCAGACAGCAAUCCAGACAAAACAUACCCACAGUGGUACAGUGUCCUCAUGGCCUCGUGGAUCUUCUUCGGCCUGGCCUGGCUGGCCCUCCUCAUCAACCACUGCAUCGACAUCCUGGAACGACUCAACACCCACUUCAAACAGACGUGGGGUGGACAGAAGCCAGAGGGCAAGUCCGCUGAUGCAGAUGUCAACAACCCAGACCCACAGCUGGAGGAGGAAGACAAGAUCAAGAAGCCUCCAGUGACUGAGUAGACUGCAAGUUAGAAUUAUCUGUCCAUUGGGAAAUGGGAGGCAUACUUCCAUUAUGAGGUAUGGCUGAAAUGUUAAGAGUCUUCAAGGAUUCAAUGGGCGGCCAAGCAUAGGGUUGCCAGUUUUGACCCCUUUCUCCUUUAAUAGAAUAUUGACUCACUUUUGUUGAGUCAGGAUUGUUUGUUUCGGCGGCAUGCGACCUGUACCAGCUGUUUCUUCCGGUUAGCACUUGACUGUAACACAUGUGAAUCUCCACUCCAGGGUUUGUUAACUGACUUGGUUGAAAAUAACAGUGUAAAGGGAAGGAUACUGGGACAAUGCUUCCUUUUCCCUAUGUCUGGUUAGCCCAUCCGCUUCUCUGUUGCUUUAACAUGGGGCUAACCUCACUGAUCACAUGUCACUUUCCAACUCAGUGGAAAUUUUACUCUCUGUGCAACAGAACAGCCUGUGCAUUCUGAUAGAUUUGAAACGGUUUUUGAUGCAAGCAAUCAAAACCACGUGUUAAUAAUGAAAAUUAGUUUUUUUUGUAAUCGAUCUACUAAAAGCUUCUGUGAGAAACCUUGAACUGGUUAUGAAAAGGUCUCAAUAUAAUACUAAUGACCUAUGUGAACGACACCAUCAGCUAGAACAUUGUUUAUUUCUACAUAGUUAUUGCUACCCGGAUGGGCUUUUGCUGCAUCCUUUGAAUGAGCAGAGCUUCUCCUCAUGCUGGA